AUGAUUCGAGGAUGGCAACAUGAAGCGGACGAGAAGCAUAGAAAUAAUUACAUGGAACGAGGUUUAUUCAUACAAGAUAAAGUUCAAGAUUAUGUCGAGCUCUGGGGCAAGUGGAAGAAUCAUACGGGAUACCCAUUCGGUGACUUGCGGAACAAGCUUGUAGGUGACUUGUGGCCAGUGCAGUACAGUAAAUUCGGCCGUAAUUAUUGUCGUCGAGAUGAGGGUAAAAAUCUCUUGACGUAUCUUAUAUAUGGCCUUAGUUCAGAAGCUGACAUGCUUUAA